AUGUUUUCGGUGACUGCUGCUCUAAUAUGCGUUGUUCAAGUUGCGUUGUCAUUCCAUUAUGAUCCGGCAUUAUACGUCCCAAAAUGGAAACACUUUUUGGAGGCACAAGAAAACUUGACAAACAAUUUGUUUGCAAAUUACGACCCCGCGAUUUCUCCUGUCUACACAAAUAUUGACCGGAACCAGCCAAUUGGAUAUGAUCCGGACGCUCCCAAACGUUGGAAUUAUACAGUUCUACUAUAUUACCUGAAACUGAUAGAAGUUACGGAACCUGAAGAAAAAGUAUCUUUGGUUCUGGAGCUCAUGGAGAACUGGUAUGACCCGAGACUUUCUUGGAACUCUUCAAUAUAUGGAAAUAUCAGUGUGAUCCAUGCGAGACAAGAAAAAGUUUGGAGUCCCACAUUGUCUGCUUUUGGAGUAAACGAAAUCAUCGAUUUUCGAGAUCAAGACUUCCGUUUGGUAUCAAUUGAUAGCACUGGAGGACUUGCAAAUUAUUUAUCUGUUCGUGUCUCUGCAAUAUGUCGGAUGGAUGUGUCAAUGUUCCCGUUCGACAACCAAAUAUGCGAAACUUAUUUUUGUCUACCGCUGUUCAAUAGGGUACAAGUUCAAGUUUUCAAUGAAAUUUAUGAAGGAAUACUGCAACAAAAUGUUGUCAAGUUUAUGGGUAACUCUGAAUGGAAGGUGACAAACCUCUCAAGUCGUGUGGAGCUCUUGAAUUAUAAUGACAAUUUUGGAAAUAUGGAACUGGCAGUUUUUGAGAUUAGAAUCCAACGAAACCCUUUGUAUUACAUGUACAUGAUUGUUUUCCCGUCGUUCAUUAUUAAUACCAUUUCGAUCAUUGCUGUUUUCCUACAGCAUGCUGAUAAAAUGUCAAAAUUAAACGUUGGUCUCACUAACAUCAUGACGAUGACAUUCAUUCUCGGUGUCAUGGCAGACAAGAUCCCUCGUACAGGGAAUAUUCCGUUGCUUGUCCCCGAGUGGAAUGAUUUUUUGAACUACCAACAAAAGUUAAUGGCUGAUUUGUUCCAAAACUACGAUGACACAGUUGCACCUGUCUAUACUAAGCUUGAUAUUACUAAACCUAUCGGCUACAAUCCCUUGGCACCAAAACGAUUCAAUUACACAGUUUAUUUGUAUUAUCUAAAGCUGGUGGAAGUUAUUGAGCCAGAAGAAAAAGUGUCGGUAGUUUUGGAAAUGGCAGAGUACUGGUAUGACCCACGUCUUGCGUGGAAUCCCUCUUCAUACGGGGACAUUCAAAUGCUUCAUAUGAGACAAGAUAGAGUUUGGAGCCCGACAAUUAGCUCUUUCCGGAUAAACGAUAUUGUUGACUUCCGAGAUCAAGACUUCCGAAUGGUGUGUGUUGAGAAUACAGGACACGUCUACACCUCUCUGUCAAUCAAAAUAUCAUUGAACUGUCCGAUGAACGUUGCCAGGUUUCCAUACGAUUCUCAAACAUGUGUUAUUCAAUUCUGUAUGCCUCUGUUCUUCAUGCAACAUGUGGAAAUGUUUAACACAAUUUAUGCGGGGAUCCUCAACACAACUGUUUGGGAGAGAAUGCUUAAUGUUGGUCUCACAAAUAUUAUGACAAUGACAUUCAUACUUGGUGUGAUGGCUGACAAGAUUCCAAAGACAGGUUCAAUUCCAUUAUUGGGAAUCUAUAUCAUCAUCAAUUUAUUCAUUAUGGUUUUUGCUGUUGGAUUGACUACAAUACUAGAGGAGUUGCAGAAGUGUGCAGUUCCUCGACUGAGAGCUAAAAAGAGCAGGUUACAUCGCCAACUGGAAUACGUCUUGGGCGAUCCACUCGAAACAAUAUGCAUGGUUAUACUAGAAGUUGUGAAUCUUGCUAAUUUCUUUGUGAUGAUUGGUCUUUGGAUAAGUGAUUCUGGUUAA